AUGAAUGUUGAGGAAUAUCAACGGCAUCUGCUGCUACAAUAUCAACGUCAACAAGAAAGAGAUGAAGCGUUGAGGAAAUAUAAACAAAAAGAAGGACUGACAGAAGAAGAAAUAGAACUAAUCAAAGCCUAUUGGCACGAAAACCGGAUUCGAAGACUAGAAAGAAAAGCCAGAAUAAUCGACGUACAAAAUCAGAAUCUGGAACAAGAAGCGAAACAACAAAAAGCAGAAGAGUAUCAAGGGAAAUUGAAGAAAAAUAAGGAACGUUACAUGAAAGAAGGUUGGGAUAGAGGUACCAAAAUCUUAGAAAAAAAAUGGAGAUCAAUGAAAAAAUAUCGUCGAGAGUUGAAAGAAACUGAUGAAAAGGAGAUCAAAAAUCAAAUUGAGUUCAGAAGAAGUAGAGUUGAACGUAUUAAACAAAGACGUUAUCGAAGAUACAUCUACGGAAAACGGAAGGCAAUGAAGAAGGAGAUGGAGUUCAGGAAGAGGUUGAGAGAAGAUGAAAAGGCAAUACAAGCUAAAAUCAGAUUUUCAAAACUGUUAAAGGAAUUUUAUAGAGAUGAAAGAAAAAAGCAAGUUGAACAUGGUCGAUUGAAAGAAGAAGAGGAACAUAACAGAGCGAUAGAAGCUGGAAAUGAUCAGUUAAAUGAAGAAAAGCGUCGUAAAGAAGAAGAAGAACGUGACAGAAGAGAAGAAUCUUUCACUGAAGCCGAUAAUGGUCGAUUGGGAAAGAAGAAAAUUCAAAAAUCAAAGAAAAAGCGUAGAAAAGACGAUGAACAACAAGGAGAACGUUCGAAGAAAGAAGAAAGACGUUCGAAAAAAGCGAAAGCAGAAGAAAAGAAAGAAAAACGCUCCAAGAAAGCAGAAGAACGUUGCAAGAAACCAGAAGAACAGAAUAAAGAAGAACAUGUCAAGUUAUCACAAGAUUUUGAUCAACUCAAAACUGAAUAUUUCGAUUUACUACGAGAACAUUGUCGAAUGAUGAAAGAUAAGUUCAAAUUGAAAGAGGAAGACUUUUUGUUCGAUGAAGAAUAUAUUCGUGUACAACAAGAAAACUGCCAUCUGAAGGAGAAGAAUUGGGAAUUGAAGGAGAAACUUCGCAGAACUGAACGAAUCGCUUCGAAAAACUUGACCAGGGAGUUUUGGAAAAUGAGGCUUUGA